GAAAGAGGGCGCCUUGGGACAUAAGGGUGAUCCAUUUUUUUUCCAUGGCGGAGAUGAAGGCCGGCUCGACUUUGGAAGCGACGGAGAUUGAGACGGCUGUUGUGAUCUCAACGGCGGCGUCUAGUGAUCCGACGCCCCUUCCCACCUGCGUCAAGCUGCCUUCUUUUGAGGCUGCGCGAGUACUGGCGGAGAACCGCUACUCUUGCCUUGUGGUGGUGCCGCACCGGAGGCAUAUCGCGCUCCCGCCGCGCUUCCUGAAUCGCAAACGGACAGGGAUUUGCGCGCAGUUGGAUGCUGAACUGCGCCGUUACUCAGAUAGUUUUCAAGGAGUUCCUGUGGCAUAUGAUGAUAUUAAAAUAACUAAAGAAUUGGGUGAUAUAAUUGAUGACAUUGGGGCCAUCCAUCUGGAUAUAGAAGCUACUUUUGUUGUCUUUCAGCCUAAGCCAGGGAAAAAACUUGUGGGUAUAAUUAAUAAAGUGGCACCUAGCCAUAUUGGCUGUCUGGUUCAUGAAUGUUUCAAUGCUUCUAUCCCCAAACCAGAUCACAUAUCAAUAGAAGAAUGGAAAAAUUUUGGUUUUCAAAUAGGUAUUAGACUGGUAUUUAAGGUGCUGCAUUUUGAUUCAGACGCUGCUGGAGUAUUCUGCAUUCGAGGGAAACUCUGUAAAAACAGUCUUGGAGAAGAGAUGCUGAAGGAAAAAUGCAAGAAAAAAUAUGAAAAACAUUGUGAUGUACAUAUUGGCUCAGAGGAGAUGGAAGUUGAUAUAUCAAGUGUUGGGAUAGAAGACAGAGAAAUGCAUAAUUGUGAUGAUGAAGAUGAUCAUGGUAUAUUUGAUAAGCCUGAGACAGAGAAUGGGCAAGAUGGAGCAGAGGUGGGAAUGCAUGCCAGUGACUCCAGUGGUUACCAUAGUGAUCAUGGUAAAUCUAAGAAAAAGAAAAGAAAACUUUUUGAGGAGGAAAAUGGACACUCUGCUUUGUUAAAAUCUAAAGCUAAAAAGAAGAGAAAAGAUUGAAAAUGUCUGAAUGAUACCAAUGUGCCUUACCUGUAUUUGGAACUCUUCUAUCAGUAAUUUUUUGACAUUUUUGUUGCAUUUUAGCAUCUCUAAUUGAUGUCUGAAGAAUUCCAUUGUAGAUGCUGGACUUCAAUAAUGCCUAAAAUAAUAAAUAAUAUGAGAAAAGA